CACCUACCACACCAUCCUCUUUCUUCUCCAGCAUACAAACCAAACAAUGCGUCUUUCAGAAAGGGAUACGGCCCCCUAUUUCGCUCGCGCCCAAGCCCGAAAUAGGACCCGAGUCGAAGCUCAUGGCAUCCAUCGCAAACGCGCUUUCUCUGUCUGUCACCGCCAAGCUGCCUGCCAAAAACUCCAACUACGAUUUUUUUGUCCGGUUUCAAGGCCAUAGAGCGACUGCGCUUCGGUAUUCUGUCAUUUCGCGGCGUUCCAUUGAGUUAAAUCGGAGUAGGUUGUGUGUGUCGAGCACGAAUCGGCCCAGGUCGAGGAUAUGCGCGAAUGCAGCUCAGGUGAUGGACCAAUCGGUUAGCGAAAAAAGCUUCACGCCUCCUACCAUCGUGGAGGUUGAUUUAGGCAGCAGGAGUUACCCGAUCUAUAUUGGAUCGGGACUUCUCGAUCAACCCGAACUUCUUCAGAGGCAUGUUCAUGGCAAGAGAGUUCUUGUGGUCACUAACUGCACGGUUGCACCAUUAUAUCUGGACAAAGUUGUUGAUGCUUUAACUAGAGGAAACCCAAAUGUCUCAGUGGAUAGUGUCAUCUUACCAGAUGGUGAGAAGUACAAGGACAUGGACACCCUCAUGAAGGUCUUUGACAAAGCUAUUGAAUCACGCUUGGAUCGAAGAUGUACAUUUAUUGCUCUUGGAGGGGGUGUGAUUGGAGACAUGUGUGGAUUUGCUGCUGCAUCAUUUCUCCGUGGUGUUAAUUUCAUUCAGAUUCCAACAACUGUUAUGGCACAGGUAGAUUCUUCUGUUGGUGGGAAAACGGGCAUAAAUCAUCGCCUUGGAAAGAAUUUGAUAGGUGCUUUCUACCAACCCCAGAGCGUUCUUAUAGACACUGACACAUUAAACACGUUACCGGAUAGGGAGCUGGCAUCAGGCGUUGCUGAAGUGAUUAAGUAUGGGCUCAUAAGGGAUGCUGAAUUUUUUGAAUGGCAGGAGAAGAAUAUGGAAGCGUUAUUGGCAAGAGAUCCAGCUGUGCUAGCUUAUGCUAUAAAGCGAUCAUGUGAAAAUAAAGCUGAGGUUGUGUCAUUAGAUGAGAAGGAAAGUGGAUUGAGAGCAACAUUAAAUUUGGGUCAUUCAUUUGGCCAUGCAAUUGAAACUGGCUUUGGAUAUGGGGAGUGGCUUCAUGGAGAAGCUGUUGCAGCUGGAACAGUCAUGGCUGUAGACAUGUCAUAUCGCCUUGGUUGGAUUGAUGAUUCAAUUGUGAAUCGGGUGAACAACAUUUUAAAACGGGCUAAGUUACCAACUGCACCUCCUGAUGUCAUGACUGUGGACAUGUUCAAGUCUGUCAUGGCGGUUGAUAAGAAGGUUGCUGAUGGGCUGCUAAGGCUUAUCCUUCUAAAAGGUCCUCUAGGCAAUUGUGUUUUCACAGGCGAUUAUGAUAGGAAGGCCUUGGAUGAUACGCUUCGUGCAUUUUGCAAGUCAUGAAUUGGUAUUGGACUUUCUGUCUCCAUAUUGCAUCCAAUUGUUGGAAAAGAUGAUUGGUAGUGUAUUUUUCAGUGCCCAUGCCUGAUCUUUUCUAAUUCGUCACGUCCGUCUCUUGGCAUUUUUUAACUUAGUUGGGAGAAGUUAUUACUUGUAAUUCCAGGUGUAUGGAAGAUCAAUAAGAGGCAAUUCAUUCUGUGUUUCCCAUUGCAUCUGAAAUGGUUGUAGCUCUCUCUCCCCACACAAAUCCCGUGUUCCUUUUUUUUUUUUGCCUUUUCUUUGGGAAAAGACUUGUCAGGCUGGUGUUAUACAAAGAGAUGUAACAUUUUGGUGAUCUUAAAAGAUAUUUGGCUGGUGGGUUAUAUGUUGAAGAAAAUUCGUGUACGUGUUUUUGCAUCACUCACUAAACUCAAGCUUCAAUUCCGAAACUAUGAAUGAAUUCUACAAGUGUUGGAAUCCCACAGAUCGAGGGUCCCUGAACGAGGUCUCAGAUGAAACAGGCAAACAGCUCCAGCUUCAAGACUACAUUUGAAAUUUUGUAACAACUUUGAACCAUUUCUUUACUGGGAAUAUCAGGUAAAAUAAGAAUCGUAGCCCCAGCUACUUUUGAAUCAAA